UAGUCAUCCAGCUGAGGAUGAGUUUGCCAAUGCAGAAGUAUAUUUGUACGAUUUCCACGUCGGUGGAAAUAAUUACAUAAACGUUGUCACAAAAGUACUUCUUACAUAAAUACACAAAUUGAGUUUUAAACAAUGUGAAUGGGAAUGUUUAAUUUUUUGGACAUUCAUUUUUUCAUAGUAAAGAUGUCAAUACAUACACAAUUAUAAAAUUUGCCUUUAACAAACGUCAAAGUUGUACCGGAAUACAUACAGAGUUGAGGUGAACUAUUUAACAAAUGGCCAAAAACCUUCACCGGACCGGAGAUCGCCUCCUCUACGAUGGAAUGCCAUCCCCUAUCGAUUUCGAUCAACUCACGCCACAACUCCACUUUUUUGCGGGGUCUACCAACUCGGACGGUACUUUCGCCACACACCUCCGAAGCUCCAAAUACAACAAUGACGUCGCCAAGAUACGAGAAGAUUUCGAGAAUUUCGCCGAACUGAAAUGUGGUCGCGUAAUUUUUCUGACUCACGGACUUGAAUCGGCGGGCUCCGCGAGGUGGGUGGAGGCCCUAAAAGUCGCGCUUCUCCAAGUCGACAACGCCCAACUUGUCGCCGUGCUGGACUGGGCCGUGGCCGCCAGAGCGGGUCGAAUCCACGCCAUGCACGGCGGGUAUCGCCAAGCGGCCGCAAAUUGCUUAGAAAUUGGGCGCUGGUUGGGCAACGUGGCGAAGAUCGUGUAUGAAAAUAUGGUCCGUCUUGGCGUCAAAGAGCCCUACCUUUGGGGAAUUGGGCACAGUUUGGGGGCACAUUUAAUGGGGAGAGCGGGCCAUGAGGCGGGCAUGAGACUAAAGACUUCAUCUCGUGGAUGGGGUUCCUACAUCUUGUCAAUAUUUCGUUCCCAACCGGUUUCACUUCCUACCCGGGUAUUCGAUCGGAUAACAGGACUUGACCCCGCCGGUCCUGGAUUUCAAACUAGUCUGCCCGGAUAUCGCCAAAUUUGUCGCGACGACGCCGAAACCGUCGACAUCAUCCACACCGACGGUAACUCAUCCAUCGAACUUUUAUGGCCAUUGGUUUCCGGGGCGAAAAACUACUACGGCACCCUCCUCCCCCUCGGGUCGAUCGACUUUUACCCCAAUUACGGACACAGCUGUAGAAGAACGGCCCGCGGAAACCAUUCCCUCGCGUACGACCUCUUCACGUGGUCCAUCACGAAUCCAGGCUUCUUCGUUACGGACCAGGUUUUAGAAAGGGCGCCGGAAGUGAGUCAAAUCGAGGGGCGUCCCGGUGUCAUUGUUCGUCCGUGUGAUAAAACCGUCCAGUCUGAAACGCAGGUGGAAAUGGGGUACCACCUCAAGCCGGGGAAUAGUGGGCUUUACUAUGUCAAAACUUAUCACCAGGCGCCAUUCGUUGCGAAAUUGUGAUUUAAAAUGUAUGUAAAUACUGAUAAAAGCCAAAUAAUCCAUGCCAUUGAAUAUACUCAGUUAUAUAAUUAUGAAUUCAAUAUUCCGUUCCGUAUAAUUGUACUUAAUUAUACUUUAAAUUGUACCUCGUUUAAGCAUUGUCGUCUUACUAACUAUAUAACUGUAUUAUUUGUACAAGAUGCGUCACACUUGGUAUGUUAAACAAACGUGCUCCUAAUUUACACAGUGCGUAAGCGUAAAAAUCCCGGCCCUGGGGAAAUUUAGACAGGCCCGGCCCUUUGUCUAUUUUUUGUAAUUUUUAAUCAGCGCUUAAUUGGGUCCCCAGAUUACUGUUACCAGCAUACCCGCCUAUUUUGUGCUUAGCUAGAACUACCCGUACCCGCGUGGGUAUGGACAGUUCAAUCUUUAUUUAAUUUCGCCCUAGAUAAGCUCACUGCCAUCAAAAAUAGCAGCUAACCCCCACGGCUAUCAGCAAAGCAUCAAUUUAUUACUUUAAUAUUGCGAAAGUAUUUCUUAGUUGAAAGUCAUAACUUAAAACGUACUUUGAUUGAAAAUUUUAGCUAAUCAAACCAUGGGCGUACUCACGACAACUUCUUAUUUCCCAUCGCAACUCAUUUAGCAAACUUGCGAAGAUCAAAAUAUUUCUGUCGUGAGGGGAUUCGCAAAAUAUGACUUCGCAAAUCUCGUCAAUCUUGCAAAUCUACUGAAAAACACAUAUUUUUGUAUUGUAUCCAUGGAUUUCUUUAAUUUCUCUUACUGGCGACGGUGAGGAUGAGUAUGCGAAAUAAUUUUGCGAAAUAAGCCCAAUUGCUGGGUAAAUUUUCGAAAAAAUCCCAUGGUUUUCCAGCAAAAUUUUUGCGAAAUCUCGCGUUUCUGGCAAAACUUCGCAAGUUAUGUUGCUAUGCUCAAUUUGCGAGAUAUGCGAGAUAUGCGAAGGUUCACGUGAGUACGCUCCAUAUAAACAAUGAGGAAGUGUGAUAUGAAUUGGCCCGACUGAGUAAUUUUAAAUUCUUCUGUAGAUAAAUAAGCAGACCCACAUUUUUGCGUUUUGUUAACUGAGCUACCGUUGGCGGAAUUUGUAAUUAAAUUGAACUUAAAUUAAGAAACUUUUCAGUAAACAUAAGAGUUUGCUAAAACUCUUUUCGAAUUUUAAACUGAUUUAAGAAAUUAAACUAUACGUUUGUUCGGAAUUAAAUUAAGCAUACAAAUAAUUUUUAAAAAUUCUACUUUUCAAAAACUUUGAACUACAAAAUUUUUGGGUUUUGGCAUUUUUAAAAUUCAUAAAUAGCACGAAAUUGUAAAUCAGAGUUUUAAGGAAGAGAAUAAUAUUGAACAAAUAAGUUUAUAAAUUUUUGAAAUCGGGCAAGAUACGAAAAUUUAGAACGAUUUGAAAAGUCCUGAAUAUCAGUCAAAAUUAAUUUAAGAAUUCAGCAACAGGCGAAAACAUGUGAAUUCAAGAAAAUCCCAAGAAUCUUAUGAAAUCCAUAAUUUUCUAAAACGUGGGCCCGGCCCCUUCGGGGCCCGGCCCUGGUGCGCGUCACCACCUACCACCUGCACGCGGAGGCCCUGAAUUUACAUAUAUGUUUAUUGUGCUUAAGUAAGCUGAGGCAAAAAAUGAGAUACCAGCUUUCCAGUAAAAUUAUAUAUUGCGUUACCACA